GGGGGAUCGCAGCCCGCCCGCCGCGUGCAGCCUUGGGGAAGGGCAGCCGCUCCCCUUGCUCCAGCCGCGGGGGAAGCCGGAGUCCGGUGCGCUCUUGGGGGUUAGAGAGCAGCAGAGCCUGGGGCGGCAUCUGGGCAAGGGGGAGGAAAGGGCGUGUGCGUGCGCGCGCGUGUGUGACAGAGCGUGGGGGGGCGACAGUCUCGAUGAGGGCGUUGGAGAGGGCAGGGGAUUGAGGCGCAGCCCUCUGGGUGUCCCCACCGCUUCCCAGCGUCCUUCACCAUGGACUUGCGCGGAGUUGGGACGGGCCACGGCAGCCGCCCGUUGCUGGCUGUCAGGCCUCCGGGGUUGGCAGGUGCGCGCGCAGGGAUGGCGAGGUAGGAUGGCUCUGCGGCGUGAUCCCCGCGGUACCCAGGCAGCGGUCCCCGGGCGGUGCCGCUGACUCUCCCAGCGCAUAGGGGUGUGGGCGGAGGCCGCACAGCCGCGCCAGCGCCUUCGCGUGUCGCUUCGCCUCUUCCACCCACACGCACCUGCCACCGCGGAUACCAUGUCGAAGGCGGCUGCAGGCGCGGCGCCGGCGGCGGAAAGUUGUCCCUCGGCCCCCGCCAGCUCUUCGGCCGCCGCUGUCGUGGAAGAUCUGUCUAAAGUGUCGGAUGAGGAGCUGCUGCAGUGGACUAAGGAGGAGCUGAUCCGCAGCCUGAGGCGCGCCGAGGCCGAGAAGGUGAGCGCGAUGCUGGACCACAGCAACCUCAUCCGCGAGGUCAACCGCCGCCUGCAGCUGCACCUCGGCGAGAUUCGAGGGCUCAAGGACAUUAACCAGAAACUCCAGGAGGACAACCAGGAACUGAGGGACCUCUGCUGUUUCCUGGAUGAUGACCGGCAGAAAGGCAAGAGGGUGUCCCGAGAGUGGCAGAGAUUAGGCCGAUACACAGCUGGAGUGAUGCACAAGGAAGUGGCCUUGUACCUGCAGAAGCUGAAGGAGCUCGAGGUGAAACAGGAGGAGGUGGUGAAGGAGAACAUGGAGCUCAAGGAGCUCUGCGUGCUGCUGGACGAGGAGAAAGGCGCCGGAUGUGCCGGUAGCCGCUGCUCCAUCGACAGCCAGGCCAGUCUGUGCCAGCUGGUGGCCUCCACUGCGCCCUAUGUGCGAGAUGUGGGCGAUGGCAGCAGUACCUCCAGCACUGGCAGCACCGACAGCCCAGACCACCACAAGCACCAUGCAAGCGGGGGCAGCCCUGAGCAUCUGCAGAAAUCCAGGGGUGAAGGCAGCCCAGAGCACCCCAAACACAGGAGCACCAGCCCGGAACAUCUACAGAAACCCAGGGCUUCCGGGACCCCAGAUCACCCCAAAGCACUGAAAGGACCCAGUCCUGAGCACCACAAACCUUUGUGCAAGGGCAGCCCCGAGCAGCAGAGGCACCCGCAUCCAGGGAGCAGCCCAGAAAUGCUGCCCAAACAUGUGCUGAGUGGGAGCCCUGAACAUUUCCAGAAGCACAGGCCAGGGGGUAGCCCAGAACAUGGCAGGCACAGUGGAGGGAGCCCGGAGCAUCUUCAGAAACAUGCCCUUGGUGGGAGCUUGGAGCACCUUCCCAGAGCCAGGGGCACCAGCCCAGAGCAUCUCAAACAGCAUUACGGGGGCAGCCCUGACCACAAACAUGUAGGAGGCAGUGGAGGCAGCGGAGGCAGCGGAGGCAGCGGAGGGGGCAGCAGGGAGGGCACCCUCAGACGGCAGGCACAAGAGGACGCCUCACCGCAUCACCGGAACGUCUACAGUGGCAUGAACGCAGUGCUUCAGUUCCUACCACUUCACUGAGCCAGCUCCAAGGUGAUCCCAGAAGGCAUCUCUCACCACUGCAGCCCAGCACAGACAGGAUCUUUUGUUCAUUGUAACCCUUGCUCUCUUGGCAUCCAUGAUAGUCACACCUCUCUUGCCUUCUUUGUUUCUUCUUGAACUUGGUCUUAGUUCUGUGCAUGACCUCUCAGUGUUGGAAGGCCCCAGGACUCCCUCCUGUAUGGAUUUUCUUCCUGCCUGGUUAGGCAAAUUCAUUCAAACCCAUGAUUUUAAAUGUUAACUUAAUGCAGAUGAUUUCCGGAUCUGCAGCUAGUGCUUCUUCAAGGACUUCAGGUGCUUGUAUGUAAAUACCUAGUCAGCAUCUCCAGUAAAUGUCCCUUUAGCCUCUGAAGAUUGACAUGCCCAGAACCAGAUUUUACAUUUCUUUCUCAUGGCUACUUUGUCCCUGGAAUUACUGAUCUUAGAAAAUGGUACCACUCAGUUUAAGAAAGUCUAGUCAAAUUUGAUUCCUUGAAUGACUUCUACAUCCAGUGCACUCAGAAAUCUGUUUCCAUAAUUCUACUUCCGAAAUUUCCCACAAUUCUGGAUCUGUCCUGCCAUCAUCCUAAUCCCGGGUACCAUCAUUAUUCAUGUCUGGACGAUAUAAUUUAGCCUCUAAGUCCCAACUGACACUUCUUUUGAUGUCAGUCCUAUUGGAUCACUCCUUUGAUUAAAGCUUAAGAGUGACUUAAUAUAGAAGUUCCCUCACCCUCCUCUAGAGAGCUCUUGGCCUUCAUUACUCAGCCCACAUUGUCCUGAUUCUUCCUUCCUGAACAAGUUGCCCUUUUCUGUGGCAGGUUUCUGCUUUAGGUGCUGCCUCUGCCUGGGAGGCUCUUAGCUUUCCCUCCAUGACUGGCUCUUGUCAUUCAGAUCUCAGCUUGCCUCUCAUUGCUUCAGAAACCCCUUAGUGCUGUCGGCAAUUUCCCUGUCAAUUUAUCUGUUAAUAUGCCUGUGUAACACUUUCUUCUCUAUGACUGAGGAGAGCAGGUUCUCCAACCUCUCAUGAGAGUCACUCAUUCUCUUUCGCUAAAGAGCUUGCUCCAGAGCAGCUAAGUGCCUCGCUCUAGACAGUUAUCCCAGUCUGCCAUGAAUCUUGCUUGCUAGGAGCAGAAUUAACUUUGUUUUGCUGGGUUGCACAGUUCUAGAGGUCAAGUCAACUUAACAACCCUAAGCAUGGUACUUCUCACUUAGUAGUACCUCACUAACUAAUUUUCUGAGAUUCUUUAGUCCUUCAACUCUAGCAGCUACUCUUAUCCCUUAACAUUGGCUUGGCUACCAUUACUUUUGUGAUUAAAAACACCAAACCAAGGCUCAGAGAACAUCAUGGAAAAAGAGGUGCGAAGAAUGUAACAGCCAGCGGAUGGGGAGGAGAGAUGCGAAAUGCUGACUUCUGAAGAUGACAUAGAUGCUGUACACAUCAAAUUACAGCAGCUGUGGAUACUUGCACAAGACCUGCGCAAGAUCAAGUCAGUCAAAAUUCCAGCAUGGAUGGGGAAGGGGCCCCUACGUCCCACCCUUAGCUGAGGAGCUAUUGACAGUUGACCAAGGCUGAUGAAGGAGGAAGAGUCACUCUCCUUUGUGGACAUGGUUGCUAGUAGGUUGCCCACACUCAGUGGAUGGCCCCAUACCCAUGCACAUGUGGACAACACUAAUCGGAUGUGGAUUAUGAAUAGCAAUAACAAAAAAGAGGAUAUAAAUUUGGGAGUGAGACAGAAUGGAGGGGGCACUAAGAGGAGCUGGAAGGAGACAGUGGUAGAUCGCUAUCAUCAAAAUACAGUGUAUAAAUCUACAAAAAUUUCAAAGAAUAAAAGAAAAUAUUAUUAAAAGCAUAAAACAGUAAAGCAGGCAUUAUCGUUGUUGCUUAUGUUUAAAUCUCAGUCCCAUUGUGGUUCUCCUUGGAACCUCUCAGGCUUUUCCUCAAAUUCGCCAGCUUCCAUGUAGUCUCUCACUGUGUCCUUUUGCCCUUUUCCCAGAUGGGCCUGUUUUUCACAGCCCACUUAGAUGCUCCUUAAAGACACUCAGAAUUAGUCCCGUCUUUCUACCCUCUUGACUAUGUGUUUACACCUUCUCUUCUGCCCUCUGUUUGCUGACUGUAGGGAAGAUGCGAUGCUUUAAUUACUUGUUGAAUCAUAACUACCACAUUAUGAAAGGUUGAAUACUUUUUAUCACCUCUUCUGAUUGAAAUAGCUUAGGUGAUGCUCACAGAUACUUAUA